AUCUGUGAGCAAUACUGCGCUGUGAUUGGCUACUACAUCUCACGUCGACGCGUUGACGUAGCAAGAGAGAAGGCACGUUUCAUACGAGCUAGCACAUGAGGAUAACAACACAAGCCGACAACUCCUAAAAUACGAUAACAUGGGGAAGAAUAAGCAAAAGGGAAAAAAACAGAAGAAUGUCUUUCAAGUGGCAAACAAGCACUUGAAGCACAAGAACAAAGCGAAACCUGUCACAACAACGCUCAAACACAUCAAUGCAGUGAAAAAUGAGAAGGUGGAGAACCUCAAUCAGAUCUUCACAGAAGUCCAGAGGGAUGUAAAGAGCAUUUCCAAGUCUGUUGCUCCUGAACCAAAGAAACAAACAAAGGUUGUCAGAGAGCCACCGAAGGAAACUGUAAACAUGGAUAAUGCUGCAGAACUUUUCUCUCAGCUGUAAUGGACAAUGAGCGUGGAACUGUCAACCUCUGAGGACAAAAACACGGAUGAACUGUUUCUCUCUCCAUGUUGGACAUAUGAAAUAAUGUCAGUUUACUUCAAAUGCAAUUUGGCAUUUCAGGCCAAAAUGAGGACUGCAGAUAAGGUCAAAAUGAAAAGAGCUUACUGCAUGAUAGAAAAACCUUUUGUGUAAUUUAAGCAUUCUGUAAAGUCGAUGCAAAUAUAAUAAUAAAUUGACAGACUUGUGCUCUGUCAAUUGUGAUAUUGUUUCAAGGAACAAAGGAAAUGUUUAUUUGUAUUGAUGAAUAUUCUUUUGUGUAGAAAUGUUUUGUUUCUCUUGGCUGCAACUAAUGGUUAUAUUUUCGUUAAUUCAUUGAUGGCUUGUAUUGUUCAUAAAAUAUCUGACAAUUGUGAAAAAUGCCAUUAUAAUAAAUAAUGAUCACUUUAAAUAGAAAAGAAAAAAAUAAUAUUCUGUAAACUAUGAUAUAUCAAUAAACAAAAACAGCAAAACUUUGAAUUUCAGCAAAUGGAACCAGA